AUGACAUCCAAACCAGCACUGUCACCGCCAACCUUGGGCGUGCCUGCCAGCCGGCUUGCUCAGCAUCGCCGCAGAGCCCGGUGCACUCCCCUCGCCCUCCAGGGCACGAUGAUCGGUGUGCUUCCUACCUCUGAGCGCUCGCCAAUCCUUACGAGCCCAAAGAGCUGCUACUCUCCAUAUCUCCUGGCGUCCUUGUUUCCUCGCUCCCCGAUAGCUCUUAUCUUCAAAUCUAGUCAAGCCCUCCAAAAAAUGCCGUUGGCGUGGUUGAGAUCUUGUGAACAAUACGAAGAACUGUCGUUAGGCCACAAACCGAUCGUGAUCGAGUUCUGGGCGGCAUGGUGUGAGCCGUGCAAACACAUCACGCCGACAUUCGAAGAACUGUCGUCCCAGACGGGCGAACUGACGUUCCUGAUGGUGGAUGUAGACGACAAGGCGUUCGGCUUCGAAUUCUCACGCGCACACGGGGUCCGGGCCAUGCCCACCUUUCAAAUCAUCGUCGAUGGCGUCAAGGUGGCUGAGUUGAUCGGCGCUGACCAGCAGAAGCUUCGUCUAUGGGACGGCCGGAACCUCGUCCCGCGACGGCCGUGUGACCACUUAGGGACCAAGUUUUUCGUCCGUCGUUCCGCCGCCGGGAAUGGAAGGCGUACGGCGAGGUCAAACGGCGAAGUUACUUUUUGCUGCUUCGAGAGCUCCCCGCGGGUUUGGCAGUCUCCAUGGCCGCUUCGGCUUGGUACAUACAGCCUGUGCCCGCCGGCCAAAGAGGAUGCUUCCUCGGCUGCUUUUGGUGCAGACUGUGCAUACCAACCGGCCAAGGUGGAUUAA